GACUGUGGAAACAUACGUUUCUUAUUCCUGAAGAUGGCCAAAGAGCCUUUAUCUCUGUGUGUCCUGAACAAGACAUUAAACAGAACUGAGAAUAAGCUACAAACUAUAAAGUCACAAUAUGUUGUAUUAGAUUCUGGCAUUCAGAAAUUAUCAGAGAAAUUUGACUUUUGGAAUACGGUUCUAGAGCAAGAUGAGAUGUGGACAUCACUGCUAGAAGACAGGUUUAAUUCUGUGGAGCUAAACCUCUUCUAUAGCUAUAUCUGUGAAACUAUUCAGUACCUACAUUCUCAAGUGGUAGAAAGUAUUCCUGAUCUUGCCAGAGUAUUGCCUACACUAUCAUCUGUUCUGAGGAGGAAAGAUAAAAACAAAAGAAUUAAGUCAGCAUGGGAAUCGGCACUGGAGGUAUUGGGACUCCAGGAAGAAGAUGUUAAAGUAUUCUGUACAUUUUUCAUUACCUACAGCCAGGACGCAAACUACUUUCCUGAUAAACUAAGGCAAGAUUAUACCCAAGACAUCCAAUCUGUUGUAAACAAAGUGGUGAAUAAUCAAGUCCUUCAUCAUAGUCUGUUAUGUGCUAUUAAUGUAGUGGAAAAUAAGAAAGUUUGAAGAUAUAUUUAAGCUGCAAAUAUAUUCUGAAACAAUACUUUUCCUCCAGAAAUACAUGAAACAUUCUCCUAUAAGGGAAAAUAUUUAAUUCAAAUUGACUGAAAGAUGCAAAACUUAUCAGUUUAUGUAUAAUUGGGAGAAGCAAUAUUGGCCUGCUUUACAAAGUUGUGGAACAGAUUACAUAGAUAAUGUUUGUGAAGUCUGAACACCAGAAAGCACAAUGUAAGUGCUAGACAUUUCCAUUUUGUGUAUAACAUCUUUUAAAAUCCUUCCGUUAGUUAUUUCAGCAGAGGCAGUGGACUGCAGCUAUCAUGUAUUUCAUUUUGUUGUUUCCUGUGUUAAAUAUGUCUAAUCCUUGAAUAGCAGAUGGAAUUUAUUAUUUAUUGAUUGAUACCUAAAACCUAGUUGUGUGGAUUUAGGCUAUUACUUAUAAUAUAUAACAUGUAACAUUUUGUGGCACAAAUGUAUGAGUUUCUAUCUGAUGUAGCAUGCUGCCAAAUGUUCAACAUUAUAUUACAUACAACAGAAAUAUCACUAUCAAAUGUCCAUACUUGGUACGUAGAUGACUGAGAAAUUAGGAGUGUGUCCCAAAGGUGAUGGAAAACUAUCCAAUUAGAAAUAAAAACCAGAAUUGCUCUCUGAUCACUAAAGAGAUUCCAAAGAGAAAAUCUCCAAAAUCUCCCACUGAAUUGACAGUCAUUUCAUAUUUGAAUGACAAAAAAAGAACUUUUGUACAAAUGGAAGAGACGAACGAUAUACAAAAGCAGUUCUUUUUGGAUGAGCAGCUUUAUGAAUGAUAUAAACAGAAAGAAGAUAGGCUUUGAAAAUUCAGAAGGAAAUGGACAGUGAACAGAAAACACUAAAUCGCAAAAAAGGCUCCCCUGAUUAUCAUUUACACUCUACAACAUCUAAACCAGUUGGAAAAUCCUCAGCUGUUUAUAGCCUAUACAUCAGGGGUAAAAUUCAGCAGGUUCUGGAGAACCAGUAGCAGAAAUUUUGGGUGGUUCAGAGAACCGGCAAAUACCACCUCUGACUGGCCCCAGAGUGGGGAGGGAAUGGGGAUUUUGCAGUAUCCUUCCCCUGGAGUGGGGUGGGAAUGGAGAUUUUGCACUGCCACGCCCACCAAGCCACACCACACCCACCAAGCCAUGCCCACAGAACAGAUAGUAAAAAAAUUUGGAUUUCACCACUGGUAUACAUGGUUUUUUUUUUUUAUUGUUUUCCAAUUUCUUGAAAACUUUGGUAAGAUAUCUCAGCAUUCAGAAUGAUUAGAAAGGAUAUAGCAACAAAAAGAUGCAGGCUGAAGUACUGAUGUUUACUGUUGCACUCAAUUGUGCCUUCCUUUAGAAAUCUCCACCCCAUUUGUUUUUUGUUCAGCUUUAUAAAAAUGGUAAUUCUUGUAGCUGGGUUCAAUAAAUCAUUCAGAGAAAGAUAUAUAAUCUGAAGGAUUUACCUAAAAGUGACAGUACAAUAAGUGAAUAAAAUAAUUAUUUUUCAAACAUUA